AUGGCCAACUCUUUCAGCAUUUUUCUUUUUGUAGCUCUACUUUGUGUUUCAGCUGCAAGAACUAAGCCGCAAUCAAUCGGCAAUGUCGACGGCGGCAUUUGCAAAUCGCUGGUGGAGACACAAGGCUACCCUUGCCAAGAACAUAAAGUAACAACAGAAGAUGGUUACAUCCUUGGUUUGCAAAGGAUUCCAGCUGGGAAGUCUGCUGGUAAUGAGACAGCAACUAAGCUGCCUGUUUUGUUACACCACGGGAUCCUUAUGGAUGCUUCAGCAUGGCUACUCAAUUCGCCGGACAAAGCUUUGGCGUUUAUCUUGGCAGACAAUGGUUUCGAUGUAUGGCUUGCCAACAGUCGCGGCACAGUCUCCAGCCGUGGACACAAAACACUUACUCCGCUUUAUCCGGCUUACUGGGACUGGUCAUGGGAUCAAUUGGCUGCUUAUGAUCUUCCUGCAUUGUUUGCGUAUGUAAACAAUCAAACAGGACAGAAAUUACACUAUGUUGGGCAUUCCUUGGGAACUUUAACUCCCCUAGCUGCCUUCUCCCAAGGAAAACUGGUAAACAUGCUAAGAUCAGCUGCAUUGCUUGCCCCAAUUGCUUAUCUUGGUCAGAUGCGCUCACCCUUUGCACGAACUGCUGUCGAUGCGUUCUUAGCUCAAGUAACACAAUUCAAUGAACUUUUUGGUUUUUCAUGUAUUCCCAAUAGGCAGGUGCAGCAAAUUCUGCAGUAUAUCUGCGCAAGACCGGGCAGUGGCUGCUCCAACUACCUCACAGCUACAACAGGGCCAAAUUGCUGCCUCGGUUCUUCAAGCAUAAAUCUUUUUCUUCAACAUACGCCCCAGUCCACUUCGACAAAGAAUGCUAUGCAUCUGUUUCAGAUGGUCACAAAGGGAAACAUAGCAAUGUACGAUUAUGUUUUUCCAGCAAUAAACAUUCAGCACUACAAUCAGCCUACUCCUCCUGUGUACAACAUGGAAAACAUCCCAAAAGACGUUCCUCUAUUCCUAAGCUAUGGAGGGAGAGACCCGCUUUCGAACGUGCUUGAUGUGAAGUAUUUGCUGGACAACCUCAGAGAUCAUGACAAGGACAAGCUGGUGGCACAAUAUACAGCAGAGUACGCUCAUAUGGAUUUUCUUAUGGCUGAGAGUGCCAACCAAGUUGUCUAUGCUCCCCUACUGGAUUUCUUCAAGCUCCAUUGAGACUUUAGCUACUUUUGUAAUUCUUUUUUCUUGCAAGUGUUAAAUUUUAGAAGGUUUUUUUUUUUCUUGGUUUCUUUCACUCUCAUUGUCAUAACUCGAUUUUUAUCUUAGAAUAAAGUAGAGAAAAUUGAUACCUAACUUGCAUGAUCCAACA